AUGGGCGGUGGCCCCGGAGGCAACCCUCGAAGGAGGCAGCCUCAGUACAUGCCGCAGUAUCAGCAGCAGCACAUGGGUCCCGUGUAUCCCACCUAUAUGCCGCCGUAUGGCCCGCCGCAAGGAUACUAUGGGAUGCCGCCUCAGUUUCAAAACGGGGGCAUGCCUUCGCCAGGAUACAUGCCGUAUCAGGGCUAUCCCGCAAGGUCGCCACCAAGCAUGCAUCAAUAUGUACCCAUGGUUGGCGUCAGCGUACCCCCAAACUAUCCUCGCCCUUCUCAACAACAGUCGCCCAGCCUGUCCACCGCAUACCAACCUCCGCCGGCACCGGCGCCGAUCCCGCCGCAAACUCCAUCAUCCACACAUUCUUCGCAGAUGCUUCCGCCUCCAACUCCCCCUACGCCGCAGCAUAUAGAGCAAGUCGCGGCACCGCCUCCACCUCUGCCAGUGCACAAGCUCGAGAGUUCGCCCGCAGUAGAGCGUCAGGCUUUCCGACCUCCUCUCCCAUGGCUGUCACGGCCGGAUGCCGAAUUUCCUUCCCGAACUCCCCGGUCUCGGCGACGGAGAAAGCCGCUGAAUGCUGAUAGCGCCGCAGUCUCGCUGCCUGCUGACCAGCAGCAGAGUGCCGCUGUCGACGAUCUGAAGGUACCUACACAGGCUGUGAAGGCGGCGCCAGCGCAGGCAACGAGCACCGACGUGCCAUCAAAGCACACAUCCGACGUCAAGGCUACAUCAUCCGACACCGCCGCAGCCGCGAAGUCGCCAGUCUCGACAACUACUCGUCCUUUUACGUCAGCAGCCCCAGUGGUGCCAGCUCUGCCGCGACCGACGUCCAAGUCGUCCAGUCUCGACGGGAAGACGCAAGAUCUCGACAAGCAGUCCACUGGCGACAAUGUUGAGCACAGCACCAACGGUACUGCUCCGGAGCCCAACCACGUGGCAGACACUGGCAAUGCGCCUACUUCACCUGCCAGUCCCCAGGCCAAGGCCGCCCCUACCAGCUGGGCCAAACUUUUCGCUCAGUCGGCUCAUAAAGGUAGCUCGGCGUCACCCGCAGUCAACGGGACAUCAUCCGCUGCUAAUGGCGGCGAGUCUGAGGCGCCUGGAGCGGUCCCGGGUUCAACUUUCUCCAAGUCUAAUGCCAGCUCUCUCGCCGAGGCGAUACGCGCGUAUCGCGUCGACAAUGGCGACAACAUUUCCUUUCUAGAGCCGCGUGGCCUCAUCAACACCGGCAACAUGUGUUAUAUGAACUCGGUUCUUCAGGUUCUUAUGUUCUGCGUUCCAUUCUACGACUUUCUAGGUCAAGUCAGCAAGAGAGCUGUCCACAGUUUCAAGAGUGACACACCACUCGUCGAUGCGAUGAUCAUGUUCAUGCAUGAGUUCAAGACUCUUGCGUCGGCUUCGUCUCCCAAACAGCUUGGGCGUACGUUGAAGCCCGAAGACUUUGAAAAGUAUGGCGAGCCUUUCACUCCCGAGUUCGUGUAUGAAGCUAUAAGACAGCUUUCACGAUUUGCGAGCAUGAGGCGUGGCCACCAACAGGAUGCGGAGGAGUUCCUCGGCUUCCUUCUCCAAUCUCUAGACGACGAGUGCACCCAUGUCAUGUCCAGCUCACAAGCCAAUGACUCAGAGACAGCGUCCGUCGAUCUGACGGCAAGCCAGAGCUCCGCGGAUCCAUCAGGCGACUGGCUCGAAGUUGGUCGCAAGCAGCGUGCCGCCGUCACGCGCUCAUCAGGUUCUAACUCGUCUACGCCAAUCACCAAGAUCUUCGGUGGACUCCUUCGAUCAGAAUUCCGCGUGCCAGGGCUCAAGGAUUCCAUCACGACUGAGCCUUACCAGCCUCUCCAGCUUGACAUCGGGUCUCCGGACGUUCGCAACGUCGUUGACGCUCUUCGCGGCCUGACACGGCCUGAGCGCCUGCAGGGCGACUUCAACUCACCCCGUGGCAAGGAUGUCAUUGCUACGAAGCAGGUAUUCAUCGAAUCGCUGCCGCCAGUGCUCAUCUUACAUCUCAAGCGCUUCCAGUUUGACGCGGAAGGCCACGGUACCAUCAAGAUCUGGAAGAAGGUCGGCUACCCCCUGGAGCUUGAGAUCCCACGGGAGGCUUUGUCCAGGCAGAAACGCCAGACCAUGGGCGAUGGCGCGAUGCCCAAGUACAAGCUGAUCAGCGUCGUGUACCAUCACGGUAAGAAUGCAAGCGGUGGCCACUACACCGUGGACGUUCGCAGGCAGGAUGGCCAAGAAUGGAUUCGCAUGGAUGACACGGUUCUCCGCCGCGUGCGCAGCGACGACGUGGCCGAAGGAGGUUCGGAAGAGGAGGUCAAAGAGCCUCGCAAGGAUAACGCAUCGGCUGGCACAUCUAACAGGUUCGGUGCCAUGAACGACGAGGACACCGGCGACGAUGACGGCUGGAAGCAGGUCACAGCUUCGGCCGGUGGCAACAAGCGUUGGAGCAACGUUGUCAACGGCACAAACGGAACGGCUAAAGAGAAGCAAGUCAAGGAGAGCAUCAAGGACAACAAGGUCGCUUACCUGCUGUUCUACCAGCGCAUGUAA